AUGCCGCAACAAUAUCAAUCAGGUCGGAAGGUCCUUUUAUUUAUAGUGGUCGGUGGUGAGCCUCUAAUUUGCUUUUUCUCCGGCAUGACUACAAACAGUAAGGAGUUGAGGGUUGGUUGGUGCAAUGUUGAAAAGCUUCCUCAUCCAGUACUGAAAGCAAUCAAUUAG